GAAGCGCGGUCACCGGGAAAGCGCCGCGGCCGGCGGCGCUUCCCGGGCGCGAUGGGGCCGGUCCUGGCGGUUGGGGGCUGCCGCGAGGCCCGCGCUUGGUCCCUGCAAGGCGGCCCGCGGCCGAUGGGUCCGGGCCGGGCGGGGCCCAUGCUCAGCUCGGUGGCGGCGCCCGACUGCUGCGGGGGCCUCGGCAACCUGGACUUCAGGAAGGCAGACCUCUGCGUUAUGACCCGGCUGCUGGGCUACGUGGACCCCUCAGAACCCCACUUUGUGGCUGCAGUCCUCACCAUCGCUUUCAAUCCGCUCUUCUGGAAUGUGGUCGCGAGAUGGGAACAUAAGACCCGACAGCUGAGCAGGGCCUUUGGGUCCCCCCACCUGGCCUGCUACACCCUGGGCGGCGCCGUCCUGCUCCUGAACGUCCUGCGCUCCCACUGCUUCACGCAGGCCAUGCUGAGCCAGCCCAGGAUGCAGAGCCUGGACAACCCCUUGGCCUACCGCGUGGGCCUGGCACUCCUGGGAGUGGGCGGCGUGUUUGUCCUUUCCAGUUUCCUGGCUCUGGGCUUCACCGGGACCUUCCUAGGCGACUACUUCGGGAUCCUGAAGGAGGCCAGAGUGACCACGUUCCCGUUCAGCAUCCUGGACAACCCCAUGUACUGGGGCAGCACGGCCAACUACCUGGGCUGGGCCAUCAUGCAUGCCAGCCCCGCCGGCCUGCUGCUGACCACGGUGGUGGCGCUCAUCUACACGGUCGCCAUCCUGUACGAGGAGCCCUUCACCGCUGAGAUCUACCGGCAGAAAGCCUCCCAGGCCCACAAGAGGAGCUGACGGCCCGUGGCCACUCCGUGAGGGUCCCCACCUCGGGCUUGCCCAGAGCACACGCCCCUUGAGGGGAGGGGGAGAGCGGUGCCCGGCCUGGGCUGUCCAGUGCCUUGGAAACGUGGCUUGGGGGCCUGGAAGGCGCCGUGUGGCCCCAGAGCCCCCUGCCCUGCCACCCACCAUGUCCUGACCAAUAAAGGCGCCUGACCCCA